GGCAGAUUAUUCAAUCAAAUCAUCAUCGCAUGUAAUCAUCACUGCUAAUAAUAAUGAUCAACAAAAAUAGUUUGUCGUCAAAUUCAAUGAUGCAUCAAUCACAAUCUGAUGGUAAUCAAAAAUCGAUUUGGCAAGGAAUGAAAACCAGCCCACCACCACCAUCGUCAUCAACAAUAGAGAAAGUAAAAAAACUUGUAGUAAAGACAAACAAUAAUAACGUUAAUGAAGAAACCUGGUUAUUCACUACAAAACCUAUUCGAUUUCAUUAUCCUUUGAGCUAUCAGUUUGAUAAUAAUGAUGAUAGCGCUAAUGCGCCUCGAAAUUUAAAUAAAAAUAAGGAUAAGAUGGACACUCUACCCAGAACAUUCAGCGAGAUGGCCAAAGAUCUUCAUGAUGACCAACAUGGAAUUGGACAUAAAAUCAACUAUAAGCAUUAUGCCAUUAUGACUGUUUUGUUCACCAUUCUUGUGCUUUCCAUGAUCUGGCUUCUGGCUCAUGAUUCGCAUAAAUGUACGGUUGAUCAACAUACUGUCGAUACUUGUCUAAGACGUUUGACAUUUUUUUCAUCCGAAAUCAAUCAUUUUCCUACCACUGGAAAAGAAUUGGACAAAUACUGCAAGGAAAAAAUUGAAAGCGUCAAAUGUUUAAGACAUUUUGUUGAAGGUUGCUUAGAACCAGAUAAACUUCAACGAAGUUAUUUCAAAAGAUUUGUCUCCAACUAUCAAAGACAAUUAGACAAGAUUUGCCUCCGUUAUACUGAACGACAAAGAUUUCUUGAAUAUUCAGACUGCCUUUCCGAAAGUGAUUUGAUACAAAAUGUUUCCACUUGUCAGGAUGCAUUUCAAAAUCAAUUGAUUUACAUUGCACAGAAUCUAGAUGGCAAACAACGACUUCAAGCUGCAUGUUGUGCUUUUGGUGCACGUUCUGAUUGUUUAGAUCGCACCAUUUCAACCGCACCGUGCACUAGUAAUGCUCAAGUUAGAAAUUUUAUUUUGGACCAAGUUGAAGGUCCAUUUCGUGGUAUUAUCGAUUCCGUUUGUGAACCACAUCAUUCCACACGAUACGGUUGUCAACAAUUAGUAGAACCAACACUUUAUGAGAAAUUAUUCGAACAUCCGGAAACAUUAAUCAAAAAAUUUGAUCAAACGGAAAUGCUACCAGCAGAUGAAAUGGAUUUUUCAUCUUCAUUGACUAAUAAUUCAAUCGCUAAUUCUACGAAUUCAAUUAGUUCUCGUUUUAAAGUUAUUCAAUUAAUAUUUUAUGAAAAUUUCCUAUCUUAUUUCGUCAUAAUCCGGUCAGAUUAAAUCAGUUGAAUUCAUUGUAUAUAAAAAU